ACUCUUGCUCAGGAUAAGCUAGCCUUUCAAAUAUGAAGCGACCACAAAAUGCCAAAGCAGCUGCUCAGAGGCUGGCACAAGUCAUGGCUCAUCAGUCAGCUGAUGACGAUGACGAGGAGGAUGACCUUUUGAGUGAUUAUGAACCUGCUCUUCCUUCAGCGGGCCUUGGCUUAGGACUUGCUGGUGGAAGGCAAACUAAAACUCGAACUCCAGUGGCAGUUCGUAAGCCAGUCGAACAGGCAUUACCUUUACGCACAAUGCCAAGCACCAAAUCAUCUGCACCUGUUAACUCAGUAGAACAACAGCGUCCCAUAUCAGGUGUCAGAACUUCUGCAUCAGAACAGAAGCCUUCAUCAUCUGUUCCAGUGCCUUCUGUUCGUCCAUCUCAGUCUAAGCCUUUAGAGCCAUCUCCAUCUCUUCAUCCUGCUGUUGCUGGUCGUUUAUCUCAGUCUAAGUCUGCAGAGCCAUCUCCAUCUCUCCAUCCUGCUGUUCCUGGUCAAUCAUCUCAGUUUCCAGACUACACUGAAGAAGAAGAACUUUCUUUGCGUUCAACUUCAAGUGCAAGAGCAUCAGCAGCUGUUAACUCAGAACAUCAGCCUUCUUCAUUUAGCCGCAAGCCAUCUUUUCUUCAAGCACCCUCAUCGAAGCCUGUAGAACCAUCACCAUCUCUUCAUUCUUCCGUAGCUGGUCGAUUAUUUCAAUCACUGGACUCUGCUGAAGAAGCACAACCAACAUCUGGUCACAAUAAUGUUCUUGGAAGAUCUUCUUCUAAUUCUAGUUUAUCAGAACAGCCUUCAUCCGCUCGUUCUAUAGGCCGGCCAAGUUUAAAGAUCAAGACUGCUAGUGGAGGACCAAGUGUGCCUCUUCCAAAUAAACUGGGACCGUCUUUAAAUUCUUCCGAGUCUCUUCGUGAUAGAAACAGGUUAUCGUUAGAUCUUGGAACUCUCAAAUAUAAAGAGCCUGUUGGUAGCCAACAGUCUUCUUCUGCUCUACAAGAUGAGCUUGACAUGCUUCAGGAGGAAAAUGAAAGUUUAUUGGAAAAGCUACGAAUAGCAGAAGAACGUUGUGAGGAAGCAGAAUCAAGAACUAGGCAGUUGGAAAAACAGAUUGCAUCUCUGGGAGAAGGCGUAUCUUUAGAAGCCCGACUUUUAAGCAGGAAGGAGGCGCAGCUUCAAAAACGAGAGGCUGCUCUUAGAGUAGCAUCAGUAAACUAUGGUGGUGGAGUUGAUGAGAUUGUGGCACUUCGAAUGGAAGCUGAGGCUGCAAAGGAGGAAACUAAAUCACUUCGAACCAUGACACAAAGAAUGAUAUUGGCUCAAGAUGAGAUGGAAGAGGUUGUUCUGAAGCGGUGUUGGCUUGCUCGAUGCUGGGGUUUAUGUGUUCGCCAUGGUAUCCAUGCUGAAAUAGCUGAAGCAAGAUUCGACUAUUGGUCCUCUUCUGCUUCACGUCCAGUUGAAGUUAUAUUAGCAAUAGGACGUAAAGCGAAAGAUGAAAAUUCAAUAAGCAAUGAUUUGGAAGAAAGGGAGAAUAUUUUAGACAACAAGGAUGAAGUUUCAAAAAGAGCCACGGUUGAGCACAUGCUUUUGGUAGAAAAGGGUCUAAGGGAAUUGAACUCACUUAAGGUGGAGGAGGCAUUAGCAUUGUCAAUGGCUGAAGAACAUCGUCAAAGUGUGGUUAAAUCUAAUGCAACAGAUGACGUGAGGCUGCCAAGCGAGGGCUACGACUAUUCUGAAGCUUUUGAAUUGAAUCAAGAAGAAAGCGAAGAUGUACAUUGUAAACAGGCUCUGCUAAUCUUUUUCUGGAGACGUGCUAAAAAUCUAGGCUUGGAAUCAGACAUUGCGGACGAUCGACUGCAGUACUGGAUCAAUCAAGGAGAUAAAACACUAAAUUCACAGGAUGCAGUUGAAGUUGAGCGAGGGCUGAUGGAACUCCGGAAGUUGGGGCUUGAGACGAAGCUGUGGGAAGAAGCUCGCCGGCUGGUCGAUCCGGACAGUGCCGAGAAAACAUUGCUGGAAACUGAAUAUCAGAUACUGGAAGCUUAGCUUGAAGCUGAUCUGCAUUUGCAGGUUUGAUUUAGUUGCCAAUUUGAAGUGUAAAUCUGCAUAUUGGUAUUAUAUGAUCAUCAUAUCAUGAAAUAAGCAGUGAUUGUGAGGCUGGUUGCUUAAUUGUUGAUUUUUUUGAAUUUUUGAUGGAUUAUGUUGAUGAUGGAUGGAUCUGUCAUUUGUUUAAAACCAUUGGAUUGCAGCAUUAUGUAAUGAAUU